UAGGCAGAAGGUUGUAAUUCUUAUGUUUUGGGUUCAAUUUAGCCCUUCUUCUACUGUAGUUCUGUAGUAGUGAAAAAAUGGCGGAGUACUGUGACUUUGACUGGACUGGUUAUAGAGUGCCCAUUAGUCCCUCUAGCGCUCCUUAUACACCAACUAAAGAGGUUCCUCUGGGGAAAGAAGAGGCUUUAAAAGUUCUCAAAAGUAAAGUUGACUCUAACAAAGAAUUACCAGAAAUGACAGACAUGUUUCUCCUGAGGUUUCUGCAUGCCCGGAAGAUGAAGGUAGAAGAAAGUUACCAUCUACUAUGUAGAUAUCACCAGUAUAGGAAGGAGAACCCUGCACUGUUUGCCAAUAUGAAUCUCAAUGAUACACUGAUACAACAAGCUCUGUAUGAUGGUUUCCCUGGUGUUUUGGCUAACAGAGACAGACGAGGACGGUGUGUUCUGGUGUUCUUCUGCAACCACUGGGACCACUCAAACUAUUCUCUAGAAGUCAUCUACAGGUCUCUUCUUCUGACCCUCGACCGUCUGUUAGAGCAGGAAGAGAAUCAGAUUAACGGCUUUGUGUUUAUAGUGGACUGGACUGACUUUUCUCUCAGACAGUCGACAAAUAUAAGUCCAAGAGUCCUGAAAUCAAUGGUGGAAGGUCUUCAGGAUUGUUUCCCAGCUCGAUUCAAGGGAGUUCAUUUUGUAAAUCAGCCGUGGUACAUUGAAGCGGCCCUGAUGGUUGUGAAGCCUUUUCUCAAAGAAAAGACUAAAGAAAAGAUCUGGAUGUACGGCAACAACUUGUCCGCUCUCCAUGAGGCAGUGAAUGCUGAUUUGCUGCCAGCUGAACUCGGGGGAGAGUUGCCUACACACAAGCCUGCUAGCUGGGCCGAUUAUAUGUUGACAUCAGACGCCUCCUCCAGAUGGAAGGAAAAGGAUAUCGGAAAAGUCUAUCCAGAUGAAAACUAAGAGCAGUCAAACUGCAAGACCAUUUAAUUUAAGAGAAAGUUUUCUUGUUUAAGUACUUCAUGGAUCUAUGGGUGCGGCAUUUAUUUUUAUUGAUAGAUUUAGAUUUAAAAUCUAGAAACUAUACUUAAAUUCAUUUUAGUUUAUAUUUGAUUGACAUUAGUCACACAAUAUGGCUAAUCAAGGAGUUUUUAUGGAUAGUGUUCAGUGAGCUUGCAUGAAAAAAUUACAGUUCAAAGAGAUAGCUUAUGGAUAAAAACCACAGAUCUAACCUUUUUCUUUGUACAUCCAAAAGCUCCUGGUCUCUAAUUUUUUCAUGUGAGCUACUUUAUCUUUAAAAAACUUAAAUUUCAUGUGUUUAUUAAUAUUGUAACCGUCCUGAAAUGUGAUCUUAAUUAUGUUUUUAAAACAUAAUUAUCACUUCUAUGGAGUACAUUGGAGUAUUCAAUAGUUAGGUUAUUUUGUACUACAGUAGUAAGCAUUUUUAGUAUCAACCUGGUUUUCUACUUAUGAGCCUUACUUAACCUAUGAAAUAUAAAUCAUUUUCUAGCCCUGGACAGGCGACAGGCACACGAUUUGCAUGUGAUGCGCUUAUAAGCACAAGCAAUGAUUGUGCCCCUCUCCACCUACCUUGAGGGUAAAUCUUUUUCCUCCUUGCGCUCCAACAAACCCAAAACCUCUUGCGCUCCUGGGCCCAAGAACUUAUCAAAGUGGCUCUGAUCCCAAAUAUUUAUAGGUAUAUAAUAUGUUCUUCAUUGGCCUAGAAUCGAUGUUCACUAGGUUUAUCUUCUAUCUAUUAAAAAAGAACUCACAUCAUUCUUUACUUUAAUGGUUUAACUAAUCCUAAAAGUAUUUACUUGAUAUAUGCUAUACAUAUAUAGUAUAAAGUGGGACGGAAUCUUAUUUAACAGUUUAGCAAACAUUCAAGUUUGGUUAUGUCGUUAUGUCUUAUCUUUGUAAUGUCAUAUCUUGUCUUACAUUAUUUAUUUGAAUGUGUCAAAAUAGUAGAAAACAGUUUGGUGUUACUAUUGAUAACAUUGUUUAAAUACGUUUUUACUUAAAUUACUAGCUGCCUGGUUUUCGAAUCAAGCUAAUAUUAUUGAAUAAGAUUUAAAUCUAUUUAAAAAAUCUUUCUCUGUCAAUGCUUCCUCGAUACUUAUCUUCCUUUGCCUCUAGUCUUUCUUUCUCUAAUGAUCUUGAGGAUAAAUAGUCUCUAUACGUCAGAUAAAAUCCUACUGUGAUAAUAACUUCUAAAUUUGUGUUGAUGUCAGAAAGCCUUUGUGGUUUUCUAGCUGUUUAGUUUGUUUGCUCUUGUAUUCAUGUAAUUAUUUUAUCUACAGUUUAAUAGUGAUAUAUUAGCUAGAAAGGGAGUGUCUAAAGCUUAUUCUAUAGUUCAGGGGACUCCACCUUUUUUACUCAGGGGCCAUUUUAAUUUGUUGGAGUAGGCUAAAGGCAGGCACCAGUUCAGUGUUGUUUUACAAUUUGAUAUCAAUUAUUGAGAAAAAAGUGGCAAGUGAGAAAUGUGUACCUAAUAUAAAAAAAUCUUAAUAGGUUGUUUGACCUGGAAACUAAAAAUUGUUCAUCAAUUUUGAUGGCUGAAAAAUAAAAAUCCUUGAAUAUUAAAUUUGAAUUUUAGAAUGGUGGUAAAAAGCAUUGAAUCCAUUUUGUCGGCGGUGUAAAAUUGGUUCUCUUUUAAUGUUGUAUGACAUCGUCAUUGUGGAAGACAAUUAUGGUAUUCCUGAGACCGUAAAAUGCUCACGAGUACUGCCAUGUUCGCGAGAGACGAUCACGCUAUCACUGAGGCCGCAAGGCAUUGUCACGAGUACUGCCAUGUUCGCGAGAGACGAUCACGCUAUCACUGAGGCCGCAAGGCAUUGUCACGAGUUUUGCCGCGAUUGUGAGAGACAAUCUUCAGCCAACACUAUAAAAAAAUAUUAAUUUUUAGUUGUCUACACUACUUUUAGGCAGGCCAAAACAAUCUAUUACCGGCUGGAGGUUGGAGACCCCUUGCUAUGGAUACUUCAAAUGUAAAGAUAUAGCUUGAUGAAAACAAAAACUCUUCUCUAAUCUCUGUAAAAACUAAUCCUCCUUGUGAUAAUAACCGUUAUACAGUAUAACAUUACAUAUGUCAAGAAAUAAUCAAUUAAUUUAUUUGUAAACUAUAAGGCUGUCUUAGGCACACACAUUUAGAGAAAGCACAAACAUUACUAGAUAAUACCAAAUAUAACUCUAACAUCAAGAUUAUAGUUUUAUACCUACAGUAUUAAGCUUAAUAUACUCUUUCAUUGGCUUAUGUAGACAAGUCUACAGUUGAUUUUUUUAUGUCUGGCUAAUUUUUUUUUUCUAUUAGUGAACAUUUGAACAAUUGAAGAUUAAAUUAAUGUGUGUAAGUAAACAAUAAGUCCUUUAUGGAGUACAAACUAAACCAAUGGUUACUUAUCAUAAUAUCCAGUUCAGAUAUGACAAUAAUUUGUAUUAUUUCUUACAAUUAAAAUAAUGUAUUUUAUACCUACCAACACUUUAUAAAAUUAAGUUAGUCAAGUGAUAAGUUAUUAGAAAAUAUAACUUGCUCUGUCUGUAUGCUUUGUAUAAAUUCAGUAUUAAACCAUAUUCUAAAACAUUUGUUUCAGAUUGUGAUUAUAAGUAUGAAUAGCAUGUUUAUGUGCUUGUUUUAAGAGUUGUAUUCAUGAUAAUAUUCUUACUCAAUUUGUGUAACACUAAUCAAAUAAUAAUCUCACCUAUUUAAUGAUUUUUAAGUUAGUGGAUUUUAAAAUGUAUUUUACUUUAUAUUGUUUAUGUUUUUGGAAUACAAUAUAAUUUUUGUAUUACAGAUUUGUAUACUUGUUUGAUAUUAUUUGUUCUAAAUUAAAAUGUUAUUCUAUUGAAGUAUUUCAAUAAUUUGGUUUUCUCAUAGGUUUUUAUGUUAACACAGAUCUAUUAUUUACUACUUUUUUGUAUGUAGCUUACUUAUUUGUGGAAGUCAGGAAUUUUAUACAUUAUGGUUUUAGGUAUAAUGCACAACAUACAUAUUUUAAUAUGUAGGCCUACCCUUAUACACCUAAUUAGAUACCUAUAUAUUUUUGUUAUGUCAAGUGUUGAAUUAUGUAUCAACUCAUUUGAUAAAAACUGAAAACAAAUUAUUUUAUCUGUACUACACUAUUAAUCGUAUUACGACAUUCUGGUUGAAUAAGUAUGCAGAAAAACAGUACCUUUUUUAAUGUUUUGCGAUGUACAGGAAGUCAAAUGUAACAUUUCUGGAUACAUUUUAAUUUUAUAAGUAUUGUUGUAGUAUUAGCUGUUUGGUACUCACUGUGUGAUUACUCAGAGAAUAUGGAUCAGAGGAUACUGUUAACACAUUGAGUGAAAAUAUCAGUGGGUGCUUCCCCAAGACCAUGAAAUUGUUUUUACAUAAAAUCUUACCUUUUGUUCCCAGAAGUGAGGAUCCAGAUCAGGUCGGAAAUAGGGUUUUGAGCUGUUUUUUCCAAUAAAAUUUGUGUUUAAAAUCGCCAGUCAUGGGUGAUUCGGCUGGCCUGUGCAAUAAUAUUUGCGGGCACCGUGACAAAAAUACUCCAUUUUUGGUCUCACAAACGCAG